UAGAUUGGAAGUUGGCGGACAGAUUUGUGUGCGUGUCCAGUGUCGGCCACCGCGGAUGGCCAGGGACCUGAUCGGGCCGGCGCUACCACCCGGCUUCAAGGCCCGCGGGACGGCGGAGGACGAGGAGCGGGACCCGAGCCCCGUUGCAGGACCAGCUUUGCCCCCAGAUUACAGAAGCAGUAGUUCAGAUUCAUCAGACAGUGAUGAGGACAGUAGUUCUUUGUAUGAAGAAGGAAAUCAAGAAUCUGAAGAUGACGACUCUGGUCCAACAGCAAGAAAGCAGAGGAGAAAUGAAGGUGAUGAUGAUGAUGACGACGACGAUGGAUUUUUUGGACCAGCCCUUCCUCCCGGAUUUAAAAAGCAGGAUGAUUCUCCUCCAAGGCCCAUAAUAGGUCCUGCAUUGCCACCUGGUUUCAUUAAAUCUCCACAGAAAAGUGACAAAGGCAGACAUGAUCCAAGAAAACCGGUUUCAUCACAUCUCAAUUCUGAGGAAACAGAUAGCAGUGAAAAUGAGGAUAUUGUUGGACCAAUGCCUGCAAAAGGACCAGUCAACUACAGCGUAACAACAGAGUUUGAAAAAAGGGCCCAGAGAAUGAAAGAAAAAUUGACUAAAGGAGAUGAUGAUUCAUCUAAACCAAUUACAAGAGAGUCAUGGAUGACUGAACUUCCUCCAGAAAUGAAAGACUUUGGUCUUGGGCCCCGGACUUUUAAGAGAAGAGCUGAGGACAAAUCAGGAGAUCGAUCAAUAUGGACAGAUACUCCAGCUGACAGAGAAAGGAAAGCCAGGGAAGCACAGGAAGCAAGGAAGUCGUUCAGUAAGAAGGAUGAAGAACAUGUGUUGUCAGGAAGGGAUAAGAGAUUGGCUGAACAAGUAUCUUCAUACAAUGAAUCAAAAAGAUCAGAAUCUCUUAUGGACAUUCAUCAUAAAAAAUUAAAGAAUAAGGCUGCUGAAGAUAAAAAUAAGUCACAAGAAAGAAUACCAUUUGACCGUGAUAAGGAUCUCAAGGUUAAUCGGUUUGAUGAAGCUCAGAAAAAAGCCCUAAUAAAGAAGUCUAGAGAACUAAACACCAGAUUUUCACAUGGCAAAGGCAAUAUGUUUUUAUAAGGGGAUUUCCCUGUGCAAUGAAGAAAAGUUGAAGAAUUCCAUUUUGUCAUUCUGUCCACCUUUAGUCCUUUGUUUUGGGCUUUUUAAGAUUACAGUUUCCUUUUUAAAGGUAAUCUUAAAAACCAGCCAAGUCUGCCUUGUUCUGUGAGUCCUUUUAAGAUUAUGUGGAAACGCAACAUCCAUGUUUGUUAUGUAGAAUAGAAUGAAGAAGGAUAGGCUUAUCUUUAUAUAAUAACUUUUAGGGUCCCCUCCUGAGUUUUGUGACAUCUGACAAGUGACGUCUCAGAUCUGGUCAGGACUAGACAGAGUCUGAAUGUCCUUGUGAAAUACACCUAGCCUGCCCUGGAGUGGGUGUCCGUUCCUGGCAGUGAAUCAUGCGUUUGAAAUUGGCUGUUUUUUCAGCGCGUGUAUCAGUGCUUAUCCAUUGACUUGAAAGUAGAGUGUGCGGUCUUUUGUCUGCUUUGUUACCAGUUUCACUCUUUGGCACUCAGGGCAUUAUUUGUUGUUUGGUUUUUUUGAUUUGUUUGUCUUUAAGUCAGAAAGUGGGCUCCCUGGGUUAUUCCAUGUGCUAAGGAAGACCUGUUUUGCCUUUUCCACCAUGAAUCAUAAGUAUUUCUAGGGACAAGGUAUGCCAUUAUCUGUGCGUGGUGUGAAAUCUGUGCGACUUGGCCUGUAUGACCUCAGCUGAAGCCUCUGAGUCUUGGAACUUUGCUUUGGGAUGAUCUUACAUUACCCAUGCAUGUAUGUAACAGUUUGUAGCUCAUUUGCUGGAGUGAAUCAUGAACAUCCUUUUAUAAAAGACCUAGUUUGAUAAUCCAUGAAUAUAAAAGCAGAAGUGGAAAGUAUGUGAUCAUAACCACCCUAAUGGGAGUACUUUAAGUUUGUAAUGCUACAAGCACUGCCUCUUGAGAUAUUAAGCAGAAACUUCCACAUAGUUAAAUAAAACCUAAACAUGAAUGCUGUAUGGACGUUUUCUUGCUGACUAAGCCUAAUUGUUCUGCUAGUUCUGUGUUUUAGUUUUGAAGCAAAAGCUGAAACAAAGAUUCUAAGUUCCAGAACUGAGUAUGCUGUUCGAAUUAAGGUGUAAAUUAUUCCCCUUAAUUGUAGCAGUAAAUGGUGUUUUUCUCAUCAGUGUCAACAGUAGCCUACUGAUGGACUGUUGCUACUAACAAAACGAAUUAUCCUCCUUAACAAAUUGUAAAAGCUUUUCUAAGUAGAAUUAAAGAGAGGCAUGGAACAUCUUCUCAACACAAAACUUUGUAUAGGAGUGUCCAGUGUAUUCAUUUAAUUUUGUUAUAAGUUUUUUUCGUGACAAAUAUCUUCUACUUCCUCAUACUUAUGUAAAUUCCUAUGUAUAUUUUUAUGAAAUUUGGUAAUUUUUAAAGUAAAAAUGUCAUGUUUAGAUACUUUGUUUUAUUUUCCUCAUCUGAAAGGGGUGGGGGAUAUUUCAUGUUGUAUGUGGGCAGCUUCUUUGCUUACGUCUGAAGCGUUCAUGACCUUGGCGUGAGCGGGAGAAGCCUCUCUCCUCUCUGCCUGUGACUUCUCGCAUACUACCUCUCUGGCAGCUUGAAGCCAGUACGCUUUCCUGCCACCUGAGGACAAGUUUAACAAAAUGUCAGUCCCCUUCCAGAAGCUUUUUGCCCCCAUGGAGAGCCUAGUGCAAUACAGGAGCCUUGACAAUGAAAGAACAAAAUAGCUGUUUGUGCAGAAUGGAACGUUGUUCUUCAUUUCUUUCCCAUCCCACCUGAGAGCUGCAAACAGCCUAAAUGAAUCAAGUCUCCUCCCCUCCGGCAGAAAACUAGGAUUGUUCUAAAAAGAAUUUUUUAAGUUCCUGCAUUUCUUGAUCAAGUUGUGUAGGGCCAUAGUAGGCUCUUUGGAAAUUUAAAAAUGAAGAAGAAAAAAAGAGCAAUACUAAGGUUAUAAAGUGGAGCAGAUCCUGUAACAUUCUUUACCAUUGAAAGUGACAUUUAAGUUCAUGCUGCCUGAAAUUAUGUGAUUUUUGUCCAGCCCCUAGAAUGUCACCUCGGGUGGAUUUUUAGGUGCUUCACAAUAGUGACCACAUUACUGGUAAGUAAAUAGGGCUCUUGGGGUUAGCAGGUACAGAAGUAGGUAGGGGGCAUCAAAAGGUGAGAGAUGGUGACUGUGGCACCGUCGCAUAAUUUAAGGCGUUUUUGUGUUGUGCAAAACACAGAAAAGUAAGCUCUGUUCUGAAAACAAUAAAAAAGCCAUGGUCUUACUAAGAGUUUUUAAUCCCGUGUGGAUAUAGCAGCUCUAAGACAUUUAGGUCAUCACAUUCACAUUUUCUCAUGCUUUGAAUUAAUGAUUUUUAUAGAAACGAGCUUGAGAUUUGCACAGUAUUGGGGUUUUCAUGCUCCAGAGUGAUGAUAUAAAUUAUUUGAUCCCAGAACAUUAUGGCACUUUCUGUUUCCUAUGAAGAGGAGAUAAUAUCAUUCUGAAAUGUAGGAUUGUGGUUUUUACACAAGUUACAAGGGCCCUUAUCACUUUUCUUUUCAGGAUUUUUAUAGUAAUAACAGUCAUUUUUAGAAAAAAAUCCUCUGUUGAGUUAUACCUAGGAGAAAAAGGUAGCAUGGAGAGAAGUGGUUAGAGAUGGCUCUCAUGGAACAUCAGUUUUCUUCUUCAGAAUGUUAGUUUACUUUUCUUGGCUUUUGAUGCCAUCAUGAGAGUUAAGUACAAAGCUCUUGCUGUCUAAAGAGGUCUCUUUUUUUGCAGCUUAAAAAAUUGUUUAACUGUGACCAUGUUUGUACAGAACUGAAAAGCUGUUCACUGCCCAUUUCAAUCUUUUCCUUUUGAGCUUUGCAAUUAAAAGAAUGUUUUUAGAAAGCUUCUUAAGAUGUAGGUUUUUCAAUGUAUAAAUAAAGUUUCCUCCAUAUCUGAGAA